AUGCCGCCAUGUAAGAAUUUGAUACAAUAUGAUGAUUCUGAAGAGGAAUUGUUGGAUUUGAGCAAUGAGAAGAUUGAGUGGGGAGAGCCAUGUGUUAAGAAGGUUGCGCAGGGUUCUUUGGGUUUUAGGAAGAUUGUGCUUGAAGAUGAUGAGAUGGAGAAUGUCGAGGGCGAUAAUGGCGGUGCUGGUGGUGGUGACGACUCGAGUGAUGAAGAUUGGGGAAAGAAUGCGGAGAAGGAUGUUAGCGAGGAGGAGGACGUUGAUUUGAUGGAUGAGGAUGAAGCGGAUGAUGGCAAGAAAGGAAAGAGAGGUGGGAAGGAUUCGAGGAAAAGGAAAGCGAGUGGAGAAGGUGGAAAGUUGGAUUUGGGAAAGAAGGGAAAGAGUGGUGGGGAUGCGAGUACGGGAGGAGUCAGGGUUUCAAUAUAUGAUGACAGUAUGCUUCCAUUGAUGGAGGAACUCAUAGCUUUUGCUAAAUUUAUUGUAGAUGAAUUUAUGAGAGUGGCUAGACAGUUUGAGACUAUGACGUCAAUGCUUGAAGAGAUGGGUGAAAAAAGGCUUUUGACGUUGGACACAUUUUCCAUUGCAAUGACAGAUUUUGCCGCUGCAAAGGAGAGGAAAAAGGCUAUUGGUAUUUUUGAGUUAAUGAAGAAUCACAAAUAUAGAGUGGGUGUCGAGACCAUUAAUGCUCUGCUUGAUAGUCCUGGGAGGGCUAAGCUUGGGAAAGAAGCUCAGGCACUAUUUGGGAAGUUGGAAGGUAGGUUUACGCCAAAUUUGAGGACAUAUACUGUAUUGCUUAAUGGAUGGUGCAGGGUGAGGAAUUUAAUGGAGGCAGGGAGGAUUUGGAACGAGAUGCUUGAUGAGGGUUUUAAGCCUGAUAUUGUCACCUAUAAUAUUAUGCUUGAAGGGUUGUUAAGGAGUAAAAAGAGGUCUGAUGCAAUCAAGUUCUUUGAGGUCACGAAAGCCAAGGGCCCAACACUUGAUGUUCGGAGCUAUACAAUUUUGAUCCGGGAUCUAUGCAAACAAACUAAGAUGAAAGAGGCAGUUGGAUAUUUUUAUGAGAUGGUUGAUUCCGGUUGUCAUCCUGAUACUGCAGUUUACACAUGUUUGAUGACAGGGUAUGGGAAUCAUGAGAGGAUGGACAUGGUUGAUGAAUUGUUGAAGGAGAUGAAAGAAAAGGGCUGUCCACCUGAUGGGAAAACUUAUAAUGCGCUUAUCAAGUUGAUGACCAGCCAGAGAAUGCCAGAUGAUGCAGUGAGGAUAUACAAGAAGAUGAUUCAAAAUGGAAUUGAACCUUCAAUCCACUCUUACAAUAUGAUAAUGAAAUCUUACUUUCAAAUAAGAAACUAUGAAAUGGGUCAUGCCGUUUGGGAUGAAAUGAAUAAGAAAGGCUUUUGCCCUGAUGAUAACUCCUAUACUGUUUUCAUUGGAGGGCUUAUAAGUCAGGGUAGAUCUGAUGAGGCAUGCAAAUAUUUGGAGGAGAUGAUAGAAAAGGGAAUGAAAGCUCCUCAACUAGACUACAACAAAUUUGCGGCAGAUUUCUCCCGAGCUGGGAAGCCUGAUAUACUCGAGGAGUUAGCUCAAAAAAUGAAGUUCUCUGGCAAGUUCGAAGUCUCUAAUGUGUUUGCCAGGUGGGCUGAGAUGAUGAAGAAGAGAGUUAAGAGAAGAGAACCUGGUGAUAGAAAGUGUACUCAACUUUCCCAAGGCCAACGGUACUCUCUUUAUGAGAUGGCAGAUGGAUGAUGGUUGGCGAAAAUCAUUUCUUCCUGUUCUUUACUGAUGAGUAUUUUUUUUAACGAUUGCCCAUUACCAAUGGUGCUGGUUUGUGUUGUAUAUUUUUGUAUUCAUUACGUCCCACAUUUCUUGUUUUAAUUCUUAUUUUAGUUAUUUUCAAGAGAUAUGUGACUUGUCUUUAAUGCAAUAUAAAUUGGGCCAGUUUUUAUUGGUACUCUACUUUCCUUCUCUAUGAUUUUUCUUCUAUUAAGCAUUGGAUCUCUUCUUUCAUGUAGCGAAUAAAACUAUUGUGUUUCUCUGCCA